GAUGGUCAUAUGGGCUGCAGAUCAGAAGAACGUUGUGUAGUCAACGCUUCAAUAUACCAUAUCCGUGAACAAUGCGUGUUUCACAGAUACGGCCUCCUAUCCAAGCUGGCAUUUUUGUACGACGAUGAAGAAUGCGGGCAGCCUCACUUAUGCACACGUUGGUAAGAUUACAGACUCGUCCUGAAUUGUUUUCGCAACAGGUUAUACUUUACCGAACGGCCAACGCUAGAAUCCAUGAUCUUUAUGUCUCAACUCGGAGACACAGCACUGAUCUCGGGCGACGUGGAGUUGUUGAAAGAAUAGGUAAACUCGUCGGAGAAGGUACACCGUGGGCGCUUGCAUGUAUGGGAUAAAAGCUGAGCUGAGGGUGCUGCUCGACCAUCGCAUUCCUUUCAUUCUUCUCCUCGCAUCUCCUCUACAGCAUGAAGCUCAUUACUCCUUUCGUUGUUCUGGCCUGUGUCCUAUUCGAGGUCGCCACUGCUGUGCCAGUGCGCCCCACUAACACGAUUUACUUCCCUCCCCGCGAAGACCUUCACAAGCGCGCACCCGGUAUCGUUGGUUCUUCCUGGACCUCUAACGACGAGAUUACGGCGCGCGGAUUGGCUCACCGAUCAGAACCUCGUGUUGACGGUGGCCACGGCGUCGAAGACGUCACGGCCUGAUGAGUUGUCCGGUGGGCACGUUCCCGAUUUCUACCACCUUCAAGUUACGUGUGGAAAGCGUGCCGGUGGCUCCUAUGGCUUCGUCACGCGAAGCUAGAUACUUCUUGGGAAAAACAUGGUCUAUCGCUUCCCUGCCGAGGUUGCAUGCACUGUAACCGUACUAUCUUUAUAAGAAUGUGGUC